CACUCGUCCGCCACAAAGGGCAUCCUGGGCCGAGGGUUGUAUACAUAUGGCGUCCAGGCACGGCUACAGCAGAGCCCCUGCAUAGCACUUGGGCUAGAUGGUGGACCUCCUUUUUGUCCGAGCUGCUACUCCCUUCCCCCAUAUCUUCCAAUAAUUUCAACAGCUCGCCAUGGAGCCAAUGCAGCACUGAUACGCGGUCCCUUGUUGGCUUCAUCUUUCCUGCAGCAAAUGGUUAUCUGCCUCCGCAUGCGCCUCAACAUGACAGAAGCUGAAAUACCCUUCUCGCAACUCUCCAUAUUGCUAUCCCGGACAUGUCUACUCGCACAGACUAUUCGGAAGUAGAUCUCAGGGAAGUAACUGCGAGAAAGAGACGAACCCGAGGCGAUUUCUGGAACUGUUCCGAGGCUAUUGUCCUGGCAUGGCACUCAACGCGGCCCUACGCGCCCCUUCUCCCGGGUGUCUCCUAGAAUUCUCUGGGAAGGGUGUUCGUAUGUUUGAUUGCCGGAUGUGCCGCAUUGCCAAUUACCAGGCAAUUGGGGAUUGGAUGAUCUGGUGUUGUGGAAGAGCCUCCUUCUCAGCCUGUUCGUCAUAGCUGUCCCUUUCUGGCCGGCAUCUCAGCCUCGGUUCGGAGACCGGUCGGUCAUAGAACCGAUUUAACGGACCAGAAGUGCGCCUGCGUCAAUUACGAUGACUGGUGACGCGGAAGCCAAGUAUCCGCGCGGGAAGGGAGGCUCGUUAAUAGAACGAUGGGCCAUGGGUUGGAUAUGAUAAGCCUACUACCACUGAUCCGAUAUCAGUCAAUCCGGGCCGAGGGUAGGGAUAGCUGAGUGGUUGUGAGAAGACGUGGCAUGAUAUCUGGCCGCCUAUGUCGACAGGGGCAAUUUUAUGUCAGUAGACCUAGUCGUGAUAGGGGACAAGGUGAUGUUGCGGGGAAGCCUUCGUAUAUGCUACCAAAGAUCUGGAAUAUCUCGCCAUUGCCUUUUUUGUGGAUGGUGUCUUGACCUGCAUAUCUGAUUCAAGGGGUCUGGGAUCAAGGCUUUGUGGGGUUGACUGGCCGAGGAAGCAGAUGCGAGGCAACGUGGCUAUCAAGCAGUGUCCAAAUACAUCGUGCAAGGCGGCAAAAGCAUCCUGGGCUAUCUAAUUAGUCACGGUUUGAUAUUUGGCCAACUCGCACAAAGAAACGUUGGGAGACAAGACCAGCACCGCCGUCAACUGCUGGUGCAACGAUAGCAACCAGGCACGCAGGGACGAUGUCGCACCAAGGCGGGGUGUUGGGUGGCGAGCUGGUCCAAAUGGCCCCUCUCACAUGAGCACGUACUUGGAUGAGUCGCGUCGCAUUCUCGCGCUGUCACGUUGUCGACAGAAUAGGGACCGACACAAGAGUCAGGUAUUGAAAAGACUUGAGUGUAUUUCUCUACCUUACCCUUUUGGAAAGAUUUAUCUGGGUUAUACAGGAUCCUUCAAUCCUGGCCUACCUAAAGCAUUCAUAACUGCCUAACGGCCACCUUAGGGGUAUUUUUCAAAGUCUCUAAACUUUGCUAAGGCCGUGUUUCCAGGUAGCACCCCGUUAUUUUGUACAACAUGGAAGCUGAGCUAUGACGUGACGCGUGGUUCGUUCGCGUUUACGGAGGAACAAUCCUUGCAACCCAUGCAACCCACCAGCGCUUCUGCCUAGGCGUCUUGCCAGAGUAUAAGAUUUCCUGCAACUGUCCGAAAUGCAUCCUCCUCAUAUUUUUACUUGGCCCUAUCAUGACGGAAUCUUGGGAACGGAAGGGGCGGCCAGCUUUGAUUGCUGCGCUAGAGUCUGUGUGCGACACAAUUGGCCGUGACAUUGAGGCCGAGGUUCGACAAAGAGAAGAUAGACGGAAUGCAACUUUUGAAAUAGAACUGCAGCAGCUCAAAGAUGCUGCCUCUAGGGCCGAGAUCCUUGAACAAGAAAAUCGAUCUCUCCGCCAAGAGCUGGAGCAGCUGCGACAGAAGCACACCAAGCCACCGAUAUUACCAGCCAAGUACGAUGUCAACGCCCCGGUCCGACGAGUCCUCAGGGAAUUUUCCCCUAACAGAACGAUCCGCGCGCCGAGUACGGUUUCAUCAUCGGGCGACAUCGAGAGCCCGGACUGGGAAAAGAAUUAUGGCAAACUUUGGAAGAAGAAGGAGCAGGUGGAGGAACGACUCAAGAAGGUGCAGGAGAGUUACGACACUGCAAGGGAGGUGUCAAAAGCUGCACGAGAGGAGAGAGACACGUGGAUCACGUAUGCCGAUGCCUUGGAGAGGAAGAUUAACAAGCUGGAAACAAGACUGAAGCAGCAAGAUGCGAAUACUCGACACCAUGCAGAGGGGACUGGUGCGGAGCGGGCGAUUAUAUAUGAGUCCCGUGAAUCACCAAGCGAUUUAGGGCUCAAUACGGACUCGUUGCCGCAUCUUUCCCCUGGGCCCAGACUGAACGAAGCAGAUUAUACCAUGAGACACUCUACUCCGGCCUUUGACGAGCCCCACAGACGAGGGAGAAUAGUCAGUAUCGAGCAAGGUCCAACUGCUGAGGAUGGUGCAUCUGAUGAUCCAGACCAACCCACGGAGGCGCCUGAGCUCCCACCGUUACCACCUUGCAAACGGGAGGCCAGUCCUAUCAUGGUCAAAGAAGAACCUUCGUCUGAUGGCCCGAUUGUUGUUUCUGAGCGCAGUCUGCGUAAGCGGAAACACGCGUCCGAUAACAACAACAACAACAACAUGCCUCCUCCACCUCGCAAGAUCAAAACCGAAGUCAGUUCCGACCCGGUAGUGAUGGGUGAGGCAGCUGUCUUUGCCCCCCAUGAAAGCAUUGACCUGGACGAGGGUUCUAGGGGCAUGCCGACACCCAGAAAGCAACGUGAAAUCUGGCGCCAAACUCUUCGUGAUGACGAUGAUGGCACUCCGCAACCCGAUCAAACCUCCAGACUGCUGUAUCCGAGAGCGACAGCCGGGAACCCAUCAACCGCACCGAGACCGACCCUGUUUAUUGCAGAGAGUGUUGAACUAGCCCAACAAAGCAUGUCGGAGGUUUCGGACAUCUCACGCAAGCAGAGGACAGCUCAAAACACUCAUCGAAACCUGGAUUAUGAAGUUGCCGAAGUCGCCGAGGAUGGGUCUGACGAAGAAUUUGAGCCAUGGCGGCCAACCAAGCCGCCCAAGAAGGCUGCUGAAAGACUCCAAUCACUUCUCAACAAGGCCUCACCAGAAUCCGAGGCCACUCCUCUCAGACCUCUCCAUCCAGUUCGCGGGGGCAUAGAAUCACCAUCAACUGUUUCACGGCCGAGGCAGGCCAGCGACAGAACGUCCAGCAAACCACGUCGGCUUCGAGAUAAGCCAUUGGGACAGCUGAGACUUGAGGAUUUCAAAGUAAACCCCAAGUUCAACAACGGUCACAAACAUGCCUUCAACGAAGUCGUGCGUGGCAAGGCUGACCGGGCCGAGUUGACAGGGUGCAUUGACUACAACUGCUGCGGUCGACAUUACCGGGCCGUUGCAGAGUCUGAAUUCAACGCGACAGGCCCCGGCGUGUUGUCCCGCAUGGCAGAUAUCCAAAUGAUGGAGGAGUACUUGGGACCCCAUGCCCAUAAACUAAUCGAGAUGACACGUGAGGAACGGCGGGAAACUUGGAUGAAAGCAAAGAGCCAGCAAAUAGCAAACAAGUUUGGACGGCAUCGCGAGAGAUUUCAGAGGCAACCGUCCCCGCCUGGGUAUUGGAACCCUGAUAUGCCAACGACGCAGGAAAUGGAAGAGAACAGAGAAGAGGCAGCGAGGAGGGGGAGGAAGCAAAUCGAGGAGCGGUGGCGAGAUGCCAUGAAAGUUGGUGGUGGGAAAUGGAUGUUUAAAGAUGAGUGA